AAAAUGGCAAUAUUCCUAAUAACACUACUACUAGCAAUACCGCUACUAAUGAUACUACUACCAAUAGCACUACCACUAAUGAUACUACUACCAAUGGCACUACCACUAACAAUACCACUAUUAACAGCACUAUCAUUAACAAUACCAGUAUUAAUGAUACCACCACUCAGCUUUCUGAUAUAACUAACACUACUUCU